UAUUAAAGUCAGGAAUCGGGUGAAAUGAAGGAAUUCUUAUAUUAUUUCCAGAAUGAACGAGCUUUGAAAGCUUCCCUGGGGUCAUUUAUGAAUAAAAUGGGGCUCUAAAUAUACAUUUUCUGUCUGAAUUUGUUCUUCAUUUGAAGCGACGUAAAGCUUCAGAAUUUGAAAUAUUCCAAAGAAGACCAGCGGGUUUAUAUGAAGAAAUGUCUUAUUUCUUGCUGCUUUCAUCUCCGGAUGAUCCGUGCGGACAUGAGCCGGAGUCUUUGUGGCUGCAAAGUGAUUAUCUGCGGCAGAAAUGGAACAGCAGUUCAGUCUCUGUGGGAAUUCAAAGUGAGGCUCAGCGAAUGAAGAAAUGAGAAGUUGAGAGAGGAGGGAGGUGAUGAAGGCUGAACCUAUAGGAGAAGGAGGAACACAUCAGUCCGCAGGUCACCAUCACCUCCUCCUCUUCCUCCUCCUCCUCCUCCUCCUCCAGCUCCUCUUUACUCCUCACCCCGCUCCGCUUGGCGCGACUCGGCGUCCCCAUCCGGACCAGAAGGCUCGCACACAGGGAGCGGGACAGGUUGACCCGGAGCGGGAGCAGCAGGGUCCGUGUUCCGGCAGCGGGCUGCCGACAUGCUGGGCACGGUGAAGAUGGAAGGCCACGAAGCUCCGGACUGGAGCGGAUACUACAGCGAGGAGGUGUACUCUCCGAUGGCGGGCACUGGGAUGGGUUCUGGUCUCGGAAUGGCGUCCAUGUCUGGCUACAUGUCGAGCAGCGGGACCGCGUCAGGCUCCUUCAACAUGUCAUACAGCGGUACUGGUCUCAGUCCGUCACCAGUGGGAGGGAUGGGGGGCUCCGCUCCGGCACCCAUGUCGAGCCUAGGUGGGGGUGUGGCCUCCAUGGGCGGAGCUCUAAGCCCGUCCAGUAUGAACUCAGUGUCUGCCCAGCAGGCCUCCUUGGGUCUGAACCCGUAUGGGAGCAUGAGCCCCAACAUGGGCUCUGGCAUGGCAUACGGCAGCGGUGGACUGAACAGAAGCCGUGACAAUAAGACGUUUAGACGGAGCUACCCACACGCCAAGCCUCCCUAUUCCUAUAUCUCACUUAUCACUAUGGCAAUCCAGCAGGCGCCCAGUAAGAUGCUGACUCUGAGUGAGAUCUACCAGUGGAUCAUGGACUUGUUCCCUUAUUAUCGGCAAAACCAGCAACGCUGGCAGAACUCCAUCCGCCACUCGCUGUCCUUCAAUGACUGCUUCGUCAAGGUCUCCCGCUCGCCAGACAAACCGGGGAAAGGUUCGUACUGGACCCUGCACCCGGACUCUGGUAACAUGUUUGAGAAUGGCUGCUACCUGCGACGUCAGAAGAGAUUUAAGUGCGAGAAGAAAACACCAGGGAAACCAGACGGGAGGAAGGAACAUCUGGGAGCAGGGGGUGGGCGUUGUACAUCUCCUGCCGGAGAUUCCAACAAAGCUGCCGGACUUCUGGACUCGUCUGUACCCUCCUCCAGCCAGACGACCUCCCCCACCGGCCUGGACCUGAGGGAAGGCGUUAGCGGGGUGUCAGACCUGAAGGUAUCCGGCUCUCAGUUACUGUCUUCCCUGUCACUGCCCCCCCACUCCAUGGCCCAUGAAACUCCUCUGCAUAUCAAAGGAGACCCCCACUACUCCUUCAACCACCCGUUUUCCAUCAACAACCUAAUGUCAUCGUCGGAGCAGCAGCACAAACUGGACCUGAAGGCCUACGAGGCGCUGCAGUACUCUUCGUACAAUGGUGGGGGGGCAUCCGGUCUUGGGGGGAGGACCAUGGAGCCUCUUGAGGCGUCGUACUACCAGGGGAUGUACCCCAGACCGCUCCUGAACAGCUCAUCAUAGCUGCUGCAUGCGUGCACCUCCUGUGAGGACUCGGACCUUCUGCAUGCAGCUGUCCUGGACUUCCUGUCUGAUAGUGACGAUGCUGACCUGUAAGCUAACGUGAACUCCCUCACUGUGACCAAACCCUAACACUAAUAUAUCAAUCCUCAGCCAAUUAAAACUGA